AUGAAUCCAACUCUUUCAUCUACAAUCAUCUUUUCGACAACAACUGUACAGAAUCUAUACAGACAACACGAAUGCGAACAUUUUCAAUAUAAUCGAUUGGCUCUGAUUCUGUGGAUCACCGCCUCGACGUGCUGCUUUCUGGCGUUGAUCUCGACUAUUUAUACCGUAUUCAAUGCCUAUCAACUAUGGAGUACUAUUCAAGAUUUGGAAAAUGCGAUUAUUGAUUUAAUUGAUGAGGCGUGCCAAAUCCUUCUACCCAUCGGAAUUUGCAAACAAAUCUGCCAUCCCCACCAUAUCGGAACCGUCAAUGCGAACUACGCACAGAAGGGACAGAAACAAGACGUCAAACCGGGAACCAAGGACAAUCGAUAUCCGGAAGACGUGACGUUUCCACCGUCGGAUAUCGAGAAAGUUUAUGAUAUUAUGGGAGAUGAGGACGCCCGGAAAUCGAAGACACUGACACUAGUAUCACUUGAAGAGGGAAGUAUUGAGGAGAAGGCGCCGCCGGUGAAGGAAAACGAAAAUGAGAAGAAAAAGCCUACCGUAACCCCCACUGUUCCGGCUCCACGUACACCACCAAACCACGCGAGACUACCCUCUCGAGAGAUCCUACUCACACCGAAACAAUCGCUGAAAACUGCGAAUGAGGGAACACGAAAGACGCCAAGUAUGGAGACGAUUGGACCAUCGGCGACGAAAGGAACGCCGAGUCGAGAACAGUUGACACCGACUAAUAAUGGAUCGGGAGGGGCGAGAAGAGGAAGAAGUCGAGAAAUGAUUGGACCUCCUGGAGAUGACGUCAUCAGAAGACCAAAUGGGACACCGAGUAGAGAGCAGACGUCGGGAAGUGUGGAGAGAAGAACGCCGAGCAAAGAGACGAAUAGUAAGAAGGCAAAUCCUCCAAAAAUGGGAACAGCGGAGCCGAUUUGA